GCCAGGAGGAAGGCGCUCUUGCAGAAACGCUAUUCAGAGAUGCGUGGUUGCCUGUUUGGCUGCUGUACCUUUAUAUUUCAAGCUCAUUAGAGAGGAAGGAGGAUUUAGUGACAUGUGGCCUUGGAACAAACCACUAGACUGGGGCUCAGGAGGUCUGGGGUCUACCUGAGGCAGUGUGACAGCUGUGUCUCUUCCUCUCUGGGCCUUGGUUUCCCCACUGGAAAAAGAAACACAAGACUUCGCUCUACCUGGUUUUUGUUAGAGGUGACCUUGGAGGACCCAGGGAUGUGGACCACGAGUUCCUGGGAGAAGUUCUGUCUCUGAAUUGCAGCUGACAGUGAAACAUCACCCCCUCAAGUCUGGAGAAGGGUCAGUGAAUGAAACCCUCGACGGUUUAUCCAAGUACUGCAUCUGUCCGGACUACCUGUUGGGAAGAUGACAAAUUGUACUGUCUGGUGGCAAAGCAUCGCAAUCUCAGGCGUGACCUUUACCAUGUAUAUAGUUCCCUUGAUUGGCUUCUACAUCAUGCUCAGCAGAAAAAUAGACAAGCACUCCUGUCAUAAUGAGGCAAGGAGCAGUGGCAGCACAGAAGCAAAGCAAGAGCCAGUCAAAACACCUCCGGCAGCAGCAGGGGAUGCGCCAAGAGUAACCUAUGAGGAUGACAGUGAAACCUCCUCAGAAACAUCCGAGGACUCGGAGAGCAGCCCCUCCGCCGCGCAGGGCCCGACAUCACAGGAAAGCAUCAGUUACACCACCCUCCUCUUUCCAGCCCCAGGACGUGGCACAGGCUCUAGCGGGGACUACGAGAACAUGAAGGCCGCGACAGAUUACGUCAAUGUGGAUCCCAAAAAGCAGAAAGUGGAUUUCUGGGUCUGCUCGAGCCCUACAACCUCCAAAUCGAUCGAAUACACUGAAGUGAAGCUGUGAUAAUGCAGCUAUUGCUGGCCAAGCUCUACAGGGGCAGAGCCCCUCUCGGCUGCCCCAGUGGCACCUCCACAUCUGUUUAUAGAGCCAUUUUCCUCCGCACUGUUACACAGUGCCUGCCAAGCAGAAAGACUUAUCUUCUUUACCCUGCCUCCUGUGACCGUGCAUGGUAUCUUUUUCUUUCCUGCACCUUGCUAAGCUUGGGGCCUCCAAUACAAUGUGAGAGCGAGUGUCACCAGCUCUGAAUGCUGUAUGGAAGAGAAAGCAUGCCUUCCCUCAGCCUUGGAUGCACUUUUCAGUUUCCUUGAAUGCCCCUUGUUCUCACACAAGGGAAGGAGCUGAUAAGCCCCCUGUGCUUGUAAUCAAGCAUCAAUCCAGCCUCAGAGGAGAUGAGCCAAAGGAGCUGAAGUGCUCCCUUGACUUAUGCACCCGUAAUAAAACCCUUUGACAUCCAUUUCCCAAACCUGCUUUGCCCUUUCUAUUUGGCAAGGGCUGAUUAUUUUCCUUCUUUCCUUUAACUUUUGAAAGACCUUGACUACUGAGAGGAAGCUCACCAUGCAUUUCUGCAGGCAA